AUGAACCUUCCUACUUCGCUUCGACUAACCAUCUUCCCAGAUUCCUCUUUCACUCAUUGUUGCGUCUUCCAAGUGUCUCAUUCCCAACCAGAGGCCCUCUUGACACAUUAUUUCCAUCCGUAUCCCAUCUUUUCGCACUCGGAUACCAAGUUCAGAAUCUCGUUCAGCCUGGACAAGAAAUUGGCUGGAACCUCCUGGAAGCAGAAAUUACUCUCGCUGAGAACACAGAUCAAUAUAUCACUGAACAUUGGAUUGCAUGAGAAGUCAACUUCAUCUACAUCGAAUACACAGCACAGCUACGUGAUUUCGACUUUCCUCAUGAAUCUUCUGCACACUCCCAUGCAUCUAGGCGUGCACGGUAAUGUCCUACGCACGCUCUGUCGGCAAGGCGCCCCUACGAACGAUCUUUCGACAACCGACCGUUUCAGCCUUGCCGACAGAGCCAUGUUCUGUGGUGUUCACAAGAGCCCGACUGGCGAAGCGGCCCAAAACCACACCGGUCCCUUUGCCUGUCCUGGCCACCUCCUUUGUGUCGCCGCCGUCGCCAGUAACAUCACCUCCUUCAAUACCACCUCCUCCUAUACAGUCCUUGGAGCCGCCGCCCAUGACCGAGGUUCUUCGGUACUUGCAUAG